AGGCUCGAAGGAUACGCACGGCUCUGGUGGACGACGGAAGUUGGAUUGAAAAUGCAUCGGGACUGAGUGCCGAAAGUUAGUGCGUGUGGUGAAUUCUCGCCGAAGAGAGAGAGAGAGAGAGAGAGAGAGAGAAAGUCCGGAAGAGAGCCGUCGAGUGUGUGAAAGUGCCCCUACUUUUUGGUGUAAGAGCUCCUAACUUGGCCAACAGUUCGGUUCCGGCGGCGCGCAGUCAAGUCGAGUCCUUGCUGGCAGUCGGUUGUCCUGGCGGGCGAGUGCCUAGUUAAUCGAGUAGCAUAAGUGUGCCGGCACCGGGCCAUGCAGUCCCCCCAAAACAUAACAUAACACCAAAAUCAUCCAAACAUCUUAACAUCCAAACACCAAAUCACCAAAGUGAAAAAAAAAGAAUCCGAAAAAGAUACAAAAGUGCCAAAAGUAUGUGAGAGGAGGAGUCAAGUGUCUGAAAUGUAAAACCGCUCAAAAGCGCAAGCCAAAUCAAAAUUGUACAGGUCACUGCCCACACGGAAAUUCCUGAUAACAAAAAAGCUCAGCUAAAAAAAACCCAGCAAAUCAAAAAUACAAAAAAGAAAAAGUAACAAAAAUCUAAAUCUAAAUUCAAAUCAGAAUCAAAACAGAAGCCGGUAAACAUGUGGAUUAGUAGCCGCUUCUAUGUGAUUCUCCUGCUGCUCAAUCUGGAUGCCACCUGCAGUGAACCGUUCGAAGCCCACCUGCGCGGUCCCGGAUUCGUGAUGGAGCCACCUGGUCGGGUGGAGUUCUCGAACUCCUCCGGCGGCUGGCUGGACUGCUCGGCCUCCGGAAGUCCGCAGCCGACGGUCGACUGGGUGCACGCGGAUGGUUCGGCGGUGACCGAGAUCCAUGGGGUGCGACGUGUCCUGCGGAACGGGACGCUCGUCCUGAUGCCGUUCGCCGCCGCCGCCUACCACCAGGAUGUGCACAACACGAUCUAUCGCUGCAUUGCCAGCAAUUCGGUGGGUCGCAUCGUCUCGCGGGACGUGCAAGUGAGGGCGGUUGUGGCCCAGGCCUACAAGGUGGACGUGGAGGUGCUGUCUGCCGCGCGGGGAUGCACCGCCAUUCUGCGCUGCGUGGUGCCCACGUUCGUCAAGGAAUUGGUACGAGUGGUCUCGUGGGUUCAUGAACCCGCUAUCUACAUCUAUCCCUCGUUGCAAGGCGAUGGCAAAUUCCACUUGCUGCCCACCGGCGAGCUGCUCAUCCACAAUCUGCAGGAGAGCGAUGAGUCGCAGUCCUUCCGCUGCCGCAGCAUGCACCGCCUCACCCGCCAGGUGGUCGUCAGUUCACCCACCCGACUGCGUAUUAAUUCGCAUCGCGGCAUCAUUUCGCCCAGCGUGGUGGAGCACACGGCUCAUGUGCAGGUGUCGCAGGACGAGGGCGCGGUGCUCCUGUGCGUCGCUCAGGGCUGUCCUUCGCCCGAAUACAGCUGGUUCACCCACAAUGGAGCCGGACCCCUGCCCGUACUAAGUGGUCCUCGUGUCCGACUGCUCGGUCCCAUUCUGGCCAUUGAGGCCGUGACUGGCGAGGAUUCCGGCGUCUACAAGUGCACGGCCGGCAAUGUGGGCGGCGAGGCUAGUGCCGAGCUCCGGCUCACGGUGGCCACGCCCAUUCAAGUGGAAAUCUCACCGAACGUACUCAGCGUUCAUAUGGGCGGCACCGCGGAGUUCCGGUGCCUGGUCACCAGCAACGGCAGCCCCGUGGGCAUGCAGAAUAUCCUGUGGUACAAGGACGGCCGCCAGCUGCCCUCCUCGGGCCGCGUGGAGGACACGCUGGUGGUGCCACGGGUGAGUCGCGAGAACCGCGGCAUGUACCAGUGCGUGGUGCGACGUCCCGAGGGCGAUACGUUCCAGGCCACCGCCGAGCUGCAACUGGGAGAUGCGCCGCCCGUGCUCCUCUACAGCUUUAUCGAGCAGACCCUGCAGCCAGGACCAGCUGUGAGCCUCAAGUGCUCCGCUGCCGGCAAUCCUACGCCGCAAAUUUCAUGGACACUGGACGGAUUUCCGCUGCCAUCAAACGGAAGAUUUAUGAUCGGACAAUACAUCACCGUGCAUGGCGAUGUAAUUAGUCAUGUUAACAUAAGCCACGUCAUGGUCGAGGAUGGUGGCGAGUACGCCUGCAACGCCGAGAAUCGCGCAGGACGAGUGCAGCAUGCGGCGCGCUUGAAUAUUUAUGGCCUUCCAUACAUUCGACUAAUACCGAAGGUAACUGCCGUCUCCGGCGAGACAUUGAAUCUGAAGUGCCCGGUGGCCGGCUAUCCCAUCGAGGAGAUCCACUGGGAGCGUGGAGGACGCGAACUGCCGGAUGACAUACGUCAACGUGUCCAGCCGGACGGCUCGCUGACCAUCAGUCCCGUGCAGAAGAACUCCGAUUCCGGCGUCUAUACGUGCUGGGCGAGGAACAAGCAGGGUCACAGUGCCCGGCGGAGUGGCGAGGUGACGGUCAUAGUGCCGCCGAAGCUCAGUCCCUUCCAAACCAACAUCCUGCAGCUGAACAUGGGCGAUCGGGCCUCGCUCACCUGCUCGGUGGUGAAGGGCGAUCUCCCGCUGACCAUCAACUGGCGCAAGGAUGGCCGACCCAUCGAUCCCACCCAGCACAUGUCCGUGAAGCAGGUGGACCAGUACAACAGCAUCCUGGUGAUCGAGAAUCUGGGCAGUGAUCACACGGGGAACUACUCCUGUGUGGUGCGCAAUUCCGCCGCCGAGGUGGAGAACUCACAGGCCCUGCUGGUCAAUGUGCCACCUCGCUGGAUCGUCGAGCCCGUGGACGCGAAUGUGGAGCGCAAUCGCCACAUUAUGCUGCACUGCCAGGCGCAGGGUGUGCCCACACCCAGCAUCGUGUGGAAGAAGGCUACAGGCAGCAAAUCGGGAGAGUACGAGGAAGUCCGCGAGCGUCCCUUCACCAAGCUCCUGGGCAAUGGCUCCCUGCUGCUGCAGCACGUGAAGGAGGAUCGCGAGGGCUUCUAUCUGUGCCAGGCCAACAAUGGCAUCGGCACCGGCAUCGGAAAGGUCAUCCAGCUGAAAGUGAACUCCUCGCCGUACUUCUCGUCCACGUCGCGCUCCGUGAUGGUGAAGAAGGGCGACACGGCGCUGCUUCAAUGUGCCGUCAGUGGGGACAAGCCGAUUAACAUUGUUUGGAUGCGCUCGGGCAAGAAUACGCUGAAUCCGUCAACCAAUUACAAGAUCUCGGUGAAGCAGGAGGCCACACCGGAUGGCGUGUCCGCCGAGCUGCAAAUCCGCACCGUGGACGCCACCGACAGUGGUCCGUACUUCUGUCGGGCCAGCAAUCUGUAUGGCAACGAUCAGCAGCUGGUGCAGCUGCAGGUGCAGGAGCCACCACUGCCACCCAGUGUCCUGGAGGCGGCCAUGAUCAGCAGUCGUUCGGUGAACAUCAAGUGGCAGCCCAAAACUCUGGGCACCGGCGAUGUGACCAAGUACAUCGUGGAGUUCCGCGAGGCAGAUCAUUCUCUUCCACCAGCUUUGUUCGUGGACCAGUGGCAGCAGAUCGAGGUCAAGGAUCCGCCACACUUCAAUGCCAUGAUCGAGAACCUUAAGCCGGCGACACGUUACGCUUUCCGUGUGAUUGCCGAGGGCUCGGCCGGACGCAGUGCGCCCAGUCAGGAGCUGAUUGUGCGCACGGAACCACAGCGCCCAGCAGGACCUCCGCUUAGCCUCUCCGCCAGACCUUUGUCCUCCACCGAGCUGCUCAUCAGUUGGGUGGCUCCAUUGCCGGAGCUGCGACAUGGUGACAUUCAGGGCUACAAUGUGGGCUACAAGCUGUCCAGUUCGGGCAACACGGCAUACAACUUCACUUCCGUUUCCGGCGAUGGCGAUGGUGGCAAUGGAGAGCUACUACUCAGCGGACUGGCCAAGUUCGCACGAUACACCGUGGUGGUGCAGGCCUUCAAUCAGGUUGGGCCAGGACCUCUUUCGGAACCCACCGCAGCUCAAACUAUGGAAGAUGUUCCUAGUCGGCCGCCAGAGGACGUGCGCUGUGCCGCCUUGUCCUCCCAAUCGCUGCAGGUGUCCUGGCAACCACCGCCAAUUUACCACACCAAUGGACUGCUGCAGGGCUACAAGCUGAUAUUUGAGCCCAUCAUCGACGACAUUCAGCCCAGCAAGGACGAAGUGGAGUCCAGGAAAACAACCGCACUUACCAUGGUGCUGACAGGACUGCGAAAGUACACCAACUACAGCAUUCAGGUGUUGGCACACACGCGUAUGGGCGAUGGCGUGGUAUCGAAACCAUUGUUUUGCCACAGCGAAGAGGAUGUUCCCGAGGCACCGGCUGACAUUAAAGUGGUGUCCAGUUCAUCGCAAUCCCUGUACAUCUCUUGGCUGCCACCAAAUGAGCCGAACGGCGUGAUCACCAAGUACAGUCUAUACACACGCGUGGUGAACGGUCGCGAGGAGCUGAACAAUGAGAAGCGUAGUCUGCCCUCACAGCAGGCCUACUACGAAGCCAAGGGACUGCAUCCGCAUAUGGAGUAUCAGUUCUGGGUGACGGCCAGCACGCGAGUGGGCGAGGGCAAGAGUUCGCGAGUGUCCUCGCAAAUAACCACGAAUCGCAUACCGGCUAGGAUUAUAUCCUUCGGUGGCCCAGUGGUGCGUCCUUGGAGAUCCACCGUUACUCUGCCAUGCACGGCGGUCGGAAAACCCAAGCGGGAGUGGUUCAAAUCGGAUGUGGCACUGCGGCAAGGUGGACUGCACAACUCCCAGCUGUUGGACAGUGGCGAUCUAAUCAUCUCCAGCCUGCAACUGGCGGAUGGUGGCAACUACAGCUGUCAGGUGGACAACGGCAUUGGAACGGAUCGACUAACGCACACCCUUAUGGUCCAAGUGCCACCUACAGCUCCCGUUCUCUAUGUCACGAGUGCCACCUCGAGCAGCAUCCUGAUGCACUGGAAGUGCGGCUUCACGGGCAAUGCACCCAUCACCGGCUACACCUUGUUCUAUCGGCGUGCCAAUGGCAACACGGACGAGAUGCAGUUGUCGCGUCAUGCCUCCAGUCAUGAGCUCAAGGGCCUGAUGUGUGGCAGCACGUACCAGAUCCAUCUGAGUGCCCAGAACAAGGUGGGCACCUCGCCCACCAGCACCAUUCUGCACGUGCGCACCCAGGGUCAGUCGCCUGGUCAUCCGGCCUCCACCGCCCUUCUGGCCCCCAACUCGACCUCGCUGUUGGUCCGCUUGCACUCCUGGCCGGACAACGGGUGUCCUUUGCUCUACUUCGUCCUGCAGUACCGGGCGGUUACCGAGGAUCCGGACGCGGAAUGGGUGCUAGUUUCCAAUGCCUUGAAGCCACAGCGUCGCAUAGUGGUCAACAAUCUGCAACCAUCGACGCUCUAUCAACUCCGCAUGGAGGCGCACAAUGUGGCUGGCAUCUCGCAGGCGGAGUUCAACUUUGUGACCCUGACCAAGGAUGGUGAUCCACCGCCGCCGGAAAUCAUGCACCGUGGCCAUGGUGGUCAAACCAAUGUGAUAUUCGCCAAUAUAAACCUGCUCAUUCCAACCAUUGCGGCGGUAUCGGGCAUGUUCUGCACCAUCAUCAUGAUCAUCGUUUGCUACAGACACAUGCUUAAAAAUGCACCACCGCUCGCAGAGCAAAGUCAAAUUCAAAAGGAAUCACUCGAAAAUCGAGCAAAUUCAGAGGCUGCACAGCGGGAGCGGUAUUAUGCCACCAUUCACAAGGUGUCCAUGCAGAACAACGAUAAGAUUCCAGAAACCUCCGAGGACAUCUCGCCGUACGCCACCUUCCAGCUGUCGGAGGCUGGGGGCAACAUGUCGCAGCCGCACCAUGGCGGACCGGCCAACACGCUGCUCCACUCGUUCAUGUACCACGAGCGGGCCCUGGCCGAGGGCUGCUCGUCGCCACCACCAGCCGCGUCCAAGAACCGGAGGCGCCACUCCAGGAAGACGGAGCCGGAGAGUGAGGAGUCGGAAUCGGACCAGGACCAGCUCACCUCCAGUCGCACCGAGUCCUCCAACCAGCACGAGGGCAAGAUCAAGCACAGCAUCAUCUACCAUGGAGCACAAUCAAGCACCUCCUCCGAUCUGUCACCAAUGUCCGAACAGAAAUCAUUGCCCCGCCGCGGUCGCUCCAGGUAUCAUCAUCAGCAAUAUCAGUUUUCCACCAAUACCACACCGCGCCACCACAACAGCAACAAAAUGAACAACAACACCACCAGCAACACGAACACCACAGCCACCAAUACGACAGCCACACCAUCGACAUCGAGCAAUUCGAACAAAAUUCUAUCGCCGCGCGGCGGAAAUCUAAAAUCCAUAUCGAGCACCUUCAAAUCGCAAGACUCCAUACAGUGCCACAUACCCACAUUGGUCAAGUCGCCAUCGAUCAGUACACAGCAGCAGAAACAGUUCCACAAGCAGCAGUUGCAGAAUAGUAGUAACAAUUCCCAGCAUAGUAGCUCCAAUCCGAACAGUAGUAGUUUGAAGCAACAGCAGCCCCUCCUGAUCACCCCCAAGCUCCAUCAGCUGGAGGCCAAUGGCCAGGAGCUGUUGGGGCUGGACGGUAUUGGUAAUAGCCCGUUGGUAGCCUGCAUGCCGCCCUCCUCACAGUUCCGCCCCAUACCACACAAGUCCAUAAUGCCCGCGCAUGAGCCACCGCACCACCACAACCACAACCAGCAAUCGCAUCCUCACCAGCAGCAGCAGCAGCAUCCGGGCACACUGCUCAAUCCCUCGACGGCCAUGCUCUCCUCCAAGUUCUUCACAGCGCCCACGCUGCCCAAAUAGGAUACGGCCAAUGGGGGGAGUGAAUACGUUGGUGGUGCCAUGGAGGCCAUGGACGGUUUCGGCUAUGACAGCGGCGAGAUCUCCUGCACCUACAUGGACCCAAUCGAUCAGACAUGAGACCUGGCCUACGGUGAGGUGUGUGGUCCCCCCGAGGGGGCCCGUUAAGGGCCCAUCUCACGACCUGGUUGCCCAGCUGAGUGCCUGGAUAACAUGUUAUGUUAACAUUUUCUGUUAACAUGCGCCUAAAAGUAUGCUCUAAAAAAGUUAAUUCUGGAGCCCUUCAGGUUUUGAAUCCUUUGAGAAUUUUUUGUGAAUCGCACUUAUAAGAGAGCUAACUUAAAUGAAAACUUAAAGCCAUUAAGGUGCAAGCUGAUAAAUCAGGUCGUGAAAUCUGUGCCCACCCACGCACA